CACACACACACACACACACACACACACUCCUCCUUACCUGUGCUGCACGUUCUUUCCUUCAGAUCCGCAUAAUAACGACCUUUUUCCAUCACAGACCCUUCUCAAAUUCUAUCUCCAUACCUUCUCAAUUUCCUCAGACGGAAAAAACCCGGCAAAAAUCGAUCAUAUCUAUCUUCCAGACUCAGAAUCGUAAAACCCUAAUCGCCAAUUCACGAAAUCCACUGUUAUCCCUUCAAGUUUCAAGCUUGAUCUGUCUAUUUAUACUGUCUUUGUCAGUCUUGUAGAUUUGGUUUUUGGUAUUGAAGGGCCUUGAAUAAUCGAUUCUGUGUUUGAGCUUAGAAGUAUGAACUGAACUGAAGCAUAAUUAGGGAAAACUUGAAGUUAAAGUUUUGGGGUUUUUUUUGCAUAAACGAGCAGUGAAAUGGAGAAGUACGAGCUUGUGAAGGAUAUUGGAUCUGGGAAUUUCGGGGUGGCCAGGCUUAUGAGGCACAAGGAAACCAAAGAGCUGGUCGCCAUGAAGUACAUCGAAAGAGGACAGAGGAUCGAUGAAAAUGUGGCGCGAGAGAUCAUAAACCAUAGAUCACUUCGGCAUCCGAACAUUAUUCGAUUCAAGGAGGUGCUGGUGACUCCUACCCAUCUAGCUAUUGUUAUGGAGUAUGCAGCUGGUGGUGAGCUCUUUGAGCGAAUCUGCAAUGCUGGAAGAUUCAGCGAAGAUGAGGCCAGAUACUUUUUCCAGCAGCUUAUCUCCGGAGUCCACUACUGUCACCAUCUGCAAAUAUGUCAUAGAGAUUUGAAACUGGAGAAUACCCUUUUGGAUGGAAGCCCUGCUCCAAGGCUGAAAAUCUGUGAUUUUGGUUACUCAAAGUCAUCUCUGCUGCACUCAAGACCCAAAUCAACGGUUGGCACGCCAGCAUAUAUUGCUCCUGAGGUUCUUUCUCGCAGGGAAUAUGAUGGCAAGAUGGCCGAUGUAUGGUCAUGUGGAGUGACACUUUAUGUUAUGCUGGUGGGAGCAUACCCUUUUGAGGACAUGGAAGAUCCAAAGAAUUUCAGGAAGACAAUUCAACGAAUAAUGGCUGUUCAAUACAAGAUACCCGACUAUGUUCACAUAUCUCCAGAUUGUAGACAGCUCCUUUCUCGCAUAUUCGUUGCCAAUCCAGCAAGGAGGAUCACCAUUAAAGAGAUCAAGAACCACCCAUGGUUUCUGAAGAACCUGCCAAGGGAAUUAACAGAAGCAGCUCAAGCCAUCUACUACAGGAAAGAAAACCCAACCUUUUCCCUGCAGAGUGCGGAGGAGAUCAUGAAAAUUGUGGAAGAGGCCAGGACACCUCCACCUGCUUCCCGUUCUAUCGGAGGCUUUGGCUGGGGAGGAGAAGAAGAUGAGGGAAAGGAAGAAGAUAUCGAGCCCGAGGAGGACGAUGACGAAGAUGAGUAUGAUAAGAGAGUGAAGGAGGUGCAUGCAAGUGGAGAAUUUCAUAUCGAGGCCUAAUUCUCUUUCUCUCUCUGUAUUGUUGGUAGAAAUUUAAAAUUUGUUUGUUUCUAUGCCACCUACUUCAUGAUGCUUUCAUGGUUGUGUAGAAGCCAGUCAGCUGCUCUGGACUUUGGGUACAAUAGAGCCUGUAAAUGUAUUGUGUAAUUGGUCAUGAGAUUGUGAAUUGCAGUUGUGUGAGUAUAGUAGGCGUACUUGAUGGUUGUGUACUUGAAAGCAAUAAGAUUUUUACAUGUUUGAGCCCCUGUUGAUUUUUAUUUUUUUUAAUGACUAGAAAAUACUCGAGAUUUCAU